GCGCGCUGGCCGCGGCGCGUCCCCCGCGUGCAGCCGCCGCCGCCGCCCUCAUGUCGUGGCUGUUCGGGCUGAACCGCGGGGCUGCCCCGGGCGGCGGCGGGGAUGCGGCAUCCCCGGGCAGCGGUGCCGGCCUCUCCCUGCCGCCCGGCCCCGCUGCUGGUGGGGGUGGCGGCGGAGCCGGGGACCGUCAGACGCCCAAGGACAAAUGGAGCAACUUCGACCCCACGGGCCUGGAGCGCGCGGCCAAGGCGGCGCGGGAGCUGGACGCGUCCCGUGCGCCGCGCCGCCUCGCGGCCCUUAGCAACGCCCCUCACUCCCGUUGCUACGCGGAAGCGCCGCCCGCCCCAUUUGUCCCUCGCGGCUCUCCGUCCCACACACUUCUCUCCCUCCCUUCCCUCCUCUUCCAACCAAUCAAACCCCACACGCGGCGCCUUUUCGCCAAUCAGAGCGCGGAGCGGUUCUCCGGCGAGCCAAUGGGAGGCCCGCCCGCAUGCGGCCCAUGCGCGCUGGCCGCGGCGCGUCCCCCGCGUGCAGCCGCCGCCGCCGCCCUCAUGUCGUGGCUGUUCGGGCUGAACCGCGGGGCUGCCCCGGGCGGCGGCGGGGAUGCGGCAUCCCCGGGCAGCGGUGCCGGCCUCUCCCUGCCGCCCGGCCCCGCUGCUGGUGGGGGUGGCGGCGGAGCCGGGGACCGUCAGACGCCCAAGGACAAAUGGAGCAACUUCGACCCCACGGGCCUGGAGCGCGCGGCCAAGGCGGCGCGGGAGCUGGACGCGUCCCGGAGCAGAGAGGGGGAGUACGAGGCUGCCAUAGAACAGCUGAAGAAUGAGCAGAUCCGUGUGCAGGCAGAAGAGAGGAGGAAAACACUCAAUGAAGAAACCAAACAGCACCAAGCAAGAGCCCAGUACCAGGACAAGCUGGCACGGCAGCGCUACGACGAGCAGAUGCGACAGCAGCAACUUGCUAAUGAGGAAAAUCUGAGGAAGCAGGAGGAAUCUGUGCAGAAGCAGGAGGCCAUGAGGCGAGCCACCGUGGAGAGGGAGAUGGAGCUGCGGCACAAGAACGAGAUGCUGCGGGUGGAGGCGGAGGCGCGGGCGCGCGCCAAGGCCGAGCGCGAGAACGCCGACAUCAUCCGCGAGCAGAUCCGCCUCAAGGCCGCCGAGCACCGCCAGACCGUGCUCGAGUCCCUCCGGACAGCUGGGAUGCUCUUUGGGGAAGGAUUCCGUGCUUUUGUGACAGACUGGGAUAAAGUCACAGCCACGGUGGCAGGCCUCACCCUGCUGGCAGUGGGGGUUUAUUCUGCCAAAAAUGCCACGGCUGUAGCAGGGCGUUACAUAGAGGCAAGGCUGGGCAAACCCUCCCUGGUGAGGGAAACCUCCAGGAUCACCGUGCUGGAGGCUCUGAAACAUCCCAUCAAGGUUGGUAAACGUCUCACCAGCAAGGCUCAGGAUGCCCUUGAAGGAGUUGUUCUCAGUCCCCAGCUGGAAGCACGUGUGAGAGACAUUGCCAUAGCUACAAGAAACACAAAAAAGAACAAAAGCCUCUACAGGAAUAUUCUGAUGUACGGUCCCCCUGGCACUGGGAAAACUCUUUUUGCCAAGAAAUUAGCUGUGCACUCAGGCAUGGAUUAUGCCAUCAUGACAGGAGGGGACGUGGCCCCCAUGGGCAGGGAAGGGGUCACAGCCAUGCACAAACUCUUUGACUGGGCCAACACCAGUAGGAGAGGCCUCCUGCUCUUCGUGGACGAGGCAGAUGCAUUCCUGAGGAAAAGGGCCACAGAGAAAAUCAGUGAAGAUCUCAGAGCAACUUUAAAUGCAUUUCUGCACAGAACAGGGCAGCACAGCAACAAGUUUAUGCUUGUUUUAGCAAGCAACCAGCCUGAGCAGUUUGACUGGGCCAUCAAUGACAGGAUAGAUGAGAUGGUGAACUUUGAGCUGCCCCAGCUGGAGGAGCGCGAGCGGCUCGUCAGGAUGUAUUUCGACCAGCACAUCCUGAAGCCAGCCACAGAGGGCAAACAGAGGUUGAAGCUGGCCCAGUUUGAUUAUGGCAAGAAGUGCUCAGAGAUUGCCAGGCUGACCGAGGGCAUGUCCGGCCGGGAGAUCUCCCAGCUUGCUGUGGCAUGGCAGGCAGCAGCCUACGCCUCGGAGGACGGCGUGCUGACCGAGGCCAUGAUGGACGCGCGCGUGGCCGACGCCGUGCGGCAGCACCGGCAGAAGAUGGAGUGGCUGAAAACAGAAGGUGCUGAAGCAAACAAAGAGACUGCCAGGAACCCCCUGCUGCCUUUCCCCAAAGGGACACCGGUGUGAGAGAUUCACCUGAGCAGAGGGAAAAGGGCAAGGUUUGGUGGAGUGGCCCGUGGAGAGCAGCCCUGUGUGCCAGGGAGGAGCUGCUGCCUCAGCCUGCCUGGGUCUCGUGGUUUUGAAGUGCACCAGAAAAAAAAAAAAAAAAGGGUUCAAUAAGGUACAAACAACUGAAUUUAUUAAAGGACCCCUUGGUGAAACACCA